GUCUGAAUCAGCUUAUUCACAGGACAGCUGGCCAGCAGGGGCGCCUAGCGUCACGUUGCCAUGGCAACCGAGUAGAACAGCUCCACCACAAAACUACGAUAAUGUCCUCUUCUGUAGCAAAAGAAGACCGACUGAAGAGACGUACUCUGGUGCUGAGGCCCUCGUCUCGAACAAUCAGUAUUUCACAUUCAGGCGUACAUGGAGUCAACCAAAGUACGAGACACACGAACAGCGUCGUCCUCUCCUCCAGCAGAAGAAGUUUCAGUCUGGGCCAGGGCAGUAAAGUUCUGGAGAAGAGCGCCAUUCAGACUCCGAGACAAGCUGUUCGGGUAUUUGAUGAAGAAGACAACGAUGUCACUCCCGAGCCGCUUUACCAGGCAGAUACAGCCGCUGUGCAGGCUAGAGCCAGCAGGUUCUUUCUGGAUGAAAUCUCAGCUGGAUCAGCAUCAGACCAGGUAUCAGCCACCGGCAGCUUCUCCCUGCCUUUCUCCAGAUCAGUAUUUGGAAGCAGCAGAAUAUCCAGCCAAUCUACCAUAGAUUCAAUGAACGAAGAGAUCGAGGAUACAUUUUCAAAACGGGACAUACCAGUUAAUUUCCCAGAUGUGCAGAGGAAAAGAGAUACUGUGAAAGAAAACAUAACAGAAGACAUGUUGAAACAGGUCAUAGAUGUCUACAUCUCUGAGACAGACAGCGUUUCACUGCUGGACAUACCCAGUGCCGUAGUGUCGGUGGAUGCUGAUGAUGCAGAAGCUGUCAUACAGAGAAACAGUCAGUAUGCUGAGGUUUGCAGGAACAGAAUGGAAAAUGAUAAGUACGUGGAUCGAUCAAUGCAGACGCUGAAUGGAGCAGCUAAAAAUAAACAUGUCCAGAGCGACUGCAAGGUCAUGGUGGAAACAGCCACAUCUGUUACCUCCUGGGAUAUGUACAACACUUUGAUGAGCCACGAGCAGGAUGAAACAGUGUGUAGCCCUGAACCAGAAAGGGCUGAGUAUCCAGAGGCUGUUGUGGACACCAGCAGAGGCACAGAGAGGAGCAUGUCAGUGGGCAGCACAGCCAGUUCAGUCAGUGCUGCUAGCUCCCUGAAGGAAGUAGAAGCAUUUGGGAACAGUUUAAAUGCUGAAUCGGAACUGCAGCUGAUCAUGCUGUCUGAGACAUUCCAGCACCUCUUACUAGUAAUGGAAAGGAGCAUACUGAGAAACACCUACCAACCCAAGCUGGCUGCUUACAGACAGCUGCCCAUACUAGCAGACCCAGACAGUUUGGUGAAGCCUGGGACAGUGGAACAGAUGGAGGACGAUACAGAGAGCCCAACUGUGGAGUAUCUGUGGACUUUUAGUUGUGAGCUCAGCAGAGGAUGCAGCGUCAGCAGCAUGGUCUGGAACAAGAAGAACCCAGACCUCCUGGCUGUAGGCUAUGGUGAGUUAGACUCCAGUAACCAGAAACCAGGCCUGGUGUGCUGCUGGUCUCUCAAAAACCCAACGUGGCCUGAGCGUGUCAUCCACUGUGACAGCGCUGUCACUUCCCUGGAUUUCUCGUCCACCAACCCUAGUCAGCUGGCUGUGGGGAUGAAAGAUGGAACUAUUGCUGUCUACAAUGUGCAGAGUCAAGACAACAAAUCAUGUGUCAUCAGCAGCCGUGAAUGUCCCAACAAGAACAUGGGUCCAGUGUGGCAGGUCAGGUGGACCCAACAAGGGUUAAACUUAACAGGAGAGGAGAAGGUAGAAGUUCUCUUUUCUGUGGCUGCAGAUGGCCGGGUCAGCAAGUGGUUUGUCUCCAACAAUGGCCUCGACUGCAUAGAUGUGAUGAAGCUCAAGAAGAUUGGAGGAAAUAAGACGGAUAAGAAGACAGACACUGUUCUGUCAGUGCUGACUCCUGGUCUGUGUUUUGACCUCCAUUCAACAAAUUCCAGUAUCUACUUGGUUGGCACAUGGGAAGGUCUCAUCCAUAGGUGCUCCAGUUCCAACAGUCAGCAGUUUCUGGACACUUACACAAAACACUUUUGUCCUGUGAACUGCAUCACAUGGAGUCCACUCUGUCCUGAUGUGUUUCUGAGCUGCUCCUCUGACUGGACCAUCCAGCUGUGGAAGCAGGACUGCCUCCGCCCCGUCUUAGGCUUCAGCUCCACCCAGACAGCCGUGUGCGACAUCAAGUGGUCCCCAAAGUGGGCUACAGUAUUCGCAGCUGUUAAUGAGGGACAGCUGGAGAUCUGGGACUUGAAUUCGAGCAUCUUAGACCCAGUCAUUGUGCAGCCUGCUGCUCCUGGUGUUCAGAUGAAGUCCCUGCUGUUUGCCUCACAGGCAGACUGUGUCCUGGUAGGGGACAGUGAUGGACAAGUGACUGUGUACAGGCUCAAGAAACUCGGUGUAGGAGAGAGCAGCCAGGUGGAUAUGCUGAAAGACAUCAUUAGCUCUGCAGCUUCCAGAUAGCUGGAAGAAACACACACAGAUGUAUACCCAAGUCUCUGCCUGAAAAAUAUUUAUCAGCGCAGAGAUUUAGAAUGUAUAAAUAACACAAGUAUAUUUUUGUCAUCAGUCGUGACUGUACAUGGGCUUUUACUGUUGAAAGCAUCAGACUAAUCAUAGUGGUUGCGUGGUUGUCGAGACUGGAUAACAAAAAUGUCUGUCAGGCUUUAAGGAGGUUCUUUAACCUCAGUGGUCUUCCUUUAAAGACACUCUAUUUGAGAUUUUUGAUAGUCUCUCAUACAACCAAUGUUGUGGACUGGAUCCAUAUGUAUGAGACAUACUGAAUACUGUUUUUUUAAUAAUCAUGAAGAGUGUGUAUCAUGAAAUAAUUUGAAUUAAAAAGGAUAGCCAAAGGUUUUUGUCAGGUAUAUUUUCUUGUCCUUUUAAUUUAUUAAUCUCCAUUCCUGAAUGUCUCUUUUAUAUCCUCCAUAGUGUCAAGAACUAAACUUAGACUAAAA